GGAAAAACCAUGUUCCAGUUUGUUGUUCUCUCCCUUGAGUCAACUUGGGAGAAGAGGAGCAGCAGAAAAGAGGACUGAGAGAAGAGGAAUAGCAGAAAAGGAAAAAAGAACACAUACAGGCCCAAAGGUCUUUUCACCCCCUCGCCAAGGAAGCUUGUGCACAAUUCCCUUUGCACUAGGACACCAUGGUGCAAAAAGUAGCAGUUAUUGGAGCUGGAGUGAGUGGACUGGCAUCCAUCAAGUCCUGCCUGGAGGAAGGACUGGAACCUACAUGCUUUGAGAGGAGUGAUGGUAUUGGGGGACUGUGGCAGUUUAUGGAAUCUGCAGAGGAAGGCAGAGCCAGCAUUUACCGCACCGUUUUCACCAACUCAUGUAAAGAAAUGACGUGCUUUCCCGACUUCCCUUUCCCAGAAAAUUUUCCAGUCUUUAUGCACAACACCAAACUUCAGGAAUAUAUCCAGAUGUUUGCAAAACACUUCCAGCUUGAGAAGUACAUCAAGUUUAAGACUCUUGUGAAGAAUAUUAAGAAACACCCGGAUUUUCCUGCCACUGGCCAAUGGGAGAUUGUAACAGAGAAGGAUGGCAGGGUGGAAUCACAUGUUUUUGAUGCGGUUAUGAUUUGCUCUGGACAUCAUGUCUAUCCAAAUAUGCCAAUUAAUAGCUUCCCUGGAUUAGAGAAGUUUAAAGGUAGCUUCCUCCACAGCAGGGAAUACAAAGGACCUGAAAAGUUCAAGGGGAAGAAGGUUCUGGUGAUUGGCCUCGGGAACUCUGCCUGUGACAUUGCUGUGGAGCUCAGUAACGUGGCCUCUCAGGUUUAUAUCAGCUCCAGAAGUGGAUCCUGGAUAAUGAGUCGUGUCUGGGACAAUGGCUAUCCCUGGGACAUGCUGGUUAUAACUCGCUUUGAACUGUUCCUCAGGAGCAUCCUGCCUACAGCUAUUACUAACUGGUUGUAUGUGAAGCAAAUGAACAAAUGGUUCAAACAUGAAAACUACGGCCUGAUGCCACUGAAUGGAACUCUGCGUAAGGAGCCAGUGUUCAAUGAUGACCUCCCAGGCCGCAUUACAUGUGGAACUGUCAUCAUAAAGCCCAAUGUGAAGGAGUUUACAGAAACAUCUGCUAUAUUUGAGGAUGGGACGAUGCAGGAAGGCCUUGACUAUGUCAUCUUUGCAACAGGCUACAGCUUUGCCUACCCAUUCAUGGAUGAUGAAACCAUCCUCAAGAGCAGGAACAAUGAGGUCACCUUGUACAAAAGCGUCCUACCUCCUCGGCUGGAGAAACCCACCAUGGCAGUGAUUGGCUUAGUCCAGUCCCUUGGAGCAGCUAUCCCAACCGCAGACCUCCAGGCUCGCUGGGCCACAAGAGUAUUUAAGGGAUUAUUUAAGCUACCUUCGGAGAGCAGCAUGAUGGAUGACAUAGAUGAAAAAAUGGGGAAGAAACUCAAAUGGUAUGGCCAGAGCGAUACCAUACAAACAGAUUACGUUGUCUACAUGGAUGAACUUUCCUCCAAUAUAGGUGUCAAACCAAAUAUUCCACUCCUCUUCCUGACUGAUCCCAAACUGGCUCUACACGUCUAUUUUGGACCCUGUACUCCAUAUCAGUUUCGUUUGUCAGGACCAGGGAAGUGGGAUGGAGCCAGAAAUGCCAUCCUGACACAGUGGGAGCGAACACUGAAGACCACAAGGACCCGAGUCGUACACAGUUCUCACAAUACUUUCCCACUCAUUGCCCUGCUCAAAAUACUUUCCCUCCCACUUCUCCUUGCUGCAGUUUUUAUGAUAUUCAACUGAGUAGUCAUAGUGCUAAUCUGUGACCGUGGCAGCUUGGUAUAGUUGAGCAUGAACAAAUUGCCCCAAUCAUAUAGAAAAAGGGGAAAGAGUGAGAAAUGUAGACCUCCCCGCUGCCACCUAUGGCUAAGCUACUUUUCUCCAGGCUGAGAUCACUGCCAAUAUUGGAGCUUGCCUGAGGAGAAAAGCAGCACUUGGGGCAGGGGGGGCGGGGUGGAGGCUGCAGGAAGGUAGGCCACAAGGGGGUUCUGCACUCCUCACUCAUACACCCCUUUUGCUUUUAAAAGCAGAUCUCCCCUCUGACCAUGUGACUGGAGCAAUUCUGUUUAAACUUGCAGAACUGCUGCCAUCCAACAUCCCUCAAAAGUGAGGUCAGCAACAGAAAACCGAGAGAAAGGUGAAUCGCAUAAGAGUGUGUGUACAAGAGAGAGGGAGAGAGCAACAAAUACAUAAAUACCCAUCUAAUGAUGUCUUCACACUUUACCAUUUUAAGUAUACAUCUUAAGAUAUUUGAAGUGUCUACUCAAAAAUACAAAAGUGAGCAACAAGUGGGAAUAAAGUUGUGUUUGCAAACA